AAGGCGCAAACUGAUAGUAGAGCAAUCACCACCAAGCUUGAGCUCACUGCACGGGCUCGGCUGCCAGCUUCCUGCGGUACCAGCAGAGUGAGGAUGGAGGAGGGAAUGAACGUUCUCCACGACUUUGGGAUCCAGUCGACCCGCUACCUCCAAGUGAAUUACAAAGACUCCCAGGACUGGUUCAUCUUAGUGUCUGUGAUCGCUGACCUCAGGAAUGCCUUCUAUGUCCUCUUCCCUAUCUGGUUCCAUCUUCGAGAAACUGUGGGCAUCAAACUCCUUUGGGUGGCAGUGGUGGGGGACUGGAUCAACCUCGUCUUUAAGUGGAUUCUUUUCGGGCAGCGCCCAUACUGGUGGGUCCUGGACACGGACUACUACAGCAACACCUCGGUGCCUCUGAUCAAGCAGUUCCCUGUCACCUGUGAGACUGGACCAGGGAGUCCUUCUGGCCAUGCAAUGGGCGCAGCAGGUGUAUACUACGUGAUGGUCACUUCUACCCUUGCUAUCUUUCGUGGAAAGAAAAGGCCAAUGUACGGAUUCCGGUGUUUGAACAUCAUCCUGUGGUUAGGAUUCUGGGCUGUGCAACUGAACGUCUGUCUGUCCCGGGUCUACCUCGCGGCUCACUUUCCCCACCAGGUUGUGGCUGGAGUCUUGUCAGGCAUUGCUGUGGCUGAAACUUUCAGCCACAUCCGGGGCAUCUACAACGCCAGCCUCAGGAAAUAUUGUCUCAUCACCUUCUUCCUCUUUGGCUUCGCACUCGGAUUUUACCUGCUGUUGAAAGGCCUGGGGGUAGACCUUCUGUGGACCUUGGAGAAAGCCAAGAGAUGGUGUGAGCGGCCGGAAUGGGUCCACCUCGACACCACGCCCUUUGCCAGCCUCUUCAAAAACCUGGGGACCCUCUUUGGGUUGGGGCUGGCCCUCAACUCCAGCAUGUACCGGGAGAGCUGCAAGGGGAAACUCGGCAAGUCGCUCCCGUUCCGCCUUGCCUGCAUCGUGUCCUCCUUGGUCCUCCUGCACCUCUUUGACACUUUGAGACCCCCAUCCCAGAUUGAACUGCUCUUCUACGCUUUGUCUUUCUGCAAGAGUGCGACAGUUCCCUUUGCCUCUGCCAGUCUCAUCCCCUACUGUCUAGCCCGGGUUCUGGGCCAGACGCACAAGAAGUCUUUGUAAGGCACGUGAAGGCUUUGGUAUUUAAAGUCAACGACCUUGCAAAGGACUGGGGACUACCAAAGCCUUCGGCAUCCUGAGGUCAGAGGUGUUCACAUCAGCCCCGGUAUCCCUGUCUUUCUCUGCUAUCUUAACCAAAAAGGUGAAAUUUUAAACGCUAACGGGGCUGUUUGAGAAAACCUUGAGAACUGGAAGUUGGGUCAUUCUGGAAUUUUUCCUGAAGGCCCACUUACCAUUCUCCUGUCAGACAUAGAAGAGCAAGCCCAGGCCAGAGAUCCUGACUGAGAAUUCUCUCCCUGUGCAAGAUACCCCCAGCUGGGGAAAGAGCACAGUGCGUUUGCGAGGAAGAGAAAGAAGGACCAGGAGGAGGGGGGAAGUGUUUUCUGUAUUGAACAAAUCACAAGCCAAGCCAUGUGUAAAUGGCUUCAGCUAUGUCUGAGUCUUUAGAGAGGACACUCUUGAUCAUGGCAGACCACCUUAAAGUGAAGUGAGCAGUCAGUUAAAGGCGGGAAUUCUGCUUCCUGCUUUUCUCCGCUGGGUGCUGGUCGUACUGAAUGACUAUGGUGAUUAUGUCACUACAUAAGUCAAAGCACACAGGCAUCAGCAACGGCUCGGUCUGUCUCCUCCUCAGCCUAUGUCUGCAUUCCCUAGAAUUCUCCCCUGGUUCCCUGCCCCUGCGGCUGGACCCUCAGAUGUCCGGCGGACAACUGUUUGGUGGUGCUUUUUGUAGGGUUAAGUUAAACUCUGAAAUCUUGGGCAAAGGGGCAAAUGGAGAGCCAGGAUCCUCUCUUCAGAAGGUCACUCCGAUGUUAUUCAUGAUUCCUGGAGCAGAAAUAUGACUGCUUUCUCUAGCCCAAGCCAGCCAAGAACUCAUUCUUAGAGAAAAAGCCAGCUCCCCCGUGCCUGUUUUCCAACCUUCUCUGAUUUGCAGAGUACAUCUU